GAACAGCAAUUUUUUGCCACAGAAAUUCCCAAGAGUUUAAGGAAAAAGUGUGAAGUGUAUAAUUUGUGUACUCUCCCCCGGUCUUAUUCAGUUCAAUUUCAUCCUUCCGACUCUAAUAGCAGAAACAUGGCCGCCGGCGCUGCUACUUCGCCGGCUCUACUGUUCUCGACCAUCUUUUAUGCAGUCUCCAUCUUAACUUCGCCACUUGUCGUCUCCAGCAAUGAACUUUCCUUAGCUUCGUCACUGUCGAUCAGUUUUCAGCUUUCUCCUGCUUUGCCGGUGGAAAAUUCUCCUGGUACUAAGCCUGGAACGAAAGUGCUCUGCGACAGAGUACAAAUUCGGGGCUUGCCAAGGCUCGGGAAUCUUGACAAAUAUGCCAAUUCUGUGACAGUCAACAUUUCAUAUGUUAGUCAAGGUGGCCGUCAACCUAAUGUCGAGGUCUGUUUCCAUAGGAACCAAUCCCUUGGUAUAGGGAUGUGCCCUCAAGGACAAUGGGUUCGGCUAACGAAGGGGUCAUUGAUUAGAUCAGUGUCACUUUUUGAUCACAAGUUUUUGGAUUUCCGGGUCCUGGGCUCUUCUAAACACACACUUCUGGUUUCCCUACAUGAAGAAUUUGUUCCGUAUCGGAUUGUGUUUUUGGUACUGGGAGUACUGUUAAUGGCAGUUGCAUCCUCUCUCAGCAAGUCUCUAGUGUUCUACUAUGGUGGUGCAAUGGUAGUUGGAAUUUUCCUUGUGAUAUUAAUGGUCCUAUUCCAGGGGAUGAAGCUUCUUCCAACUGGUAGAAAGAAUUCAUUAGCAAUAUUCAUUUACUCAUCCUUUAUCGGUUUGGGCUCCUUCUUACUUCGCUAUGUGCCUAGACUAUUGCGAAUGGCUCUUGCAGAGAUUGGUAUUGGUGAAGACAUGUACAACCCUUUAGCCAUAAUUCUGCUCCUUUUCCUUGCAAUUGCUGGAGCUUGGUUGGGAUUUUGGGUGGUUCGGAAACUUGUACUCAAUGAUGAUGGAUCAAUUGAUAUUGGAGUGUCUCAUUUUAUUGCUUGGUCGAUACGGAUUGUGGCCUCUGCUAUGAUUCUUCAGAGUACUUCAGAUGCUUUAUUGGCGGCUGAGGCAUUGGCAUGUGGAAUUCUUGUUUCAUCAGUAAUGAGAAAAACUCUCCAUCCCAAAUUUGUGCGCAUGAUAUACAAGAAAUCAUAUAGAAUGAUCACGAACAUUUGUGGAAUACUUUGUGAUCUGUCUGCUCAACCACACAACGAGCCAUAUCAUUCCAGGACUCCUGACAGACGUCGAGGAAGUGCUGCAUUCCAAGGUGGUUCAAGCAGCAGGUCGCCAAGGAGGCCUCUCUCAGAAUCAGACACAUUCUAUUCUUCAUUCCACACGACUCCUGAGGGGAGGAAAGUCUCCAAGGAGGAGUGGGAAAAUCUCACGCAACGGGUAACAAAGAAGGCAUUGGAAGAGCUUGUUAGUUCCCCAGAGUAUGGUAGAUGGGCUGUCUCUCAUGCCGAUCGGAUUACUUUGGCACCCAAAAAAAAGUCCACAGCUGAUAGGCAGCGGAGAUGGUACCAUUGGUUUUGACUCUUUUAUUUCAAAUUGGCAUUUUUUUUCUCAGUUUUGUUGUAAACAUAGUUGCAGUCUACUUCUUAUUCCAGCACAACUGUAUUGUCUUUAACAGUAUAUUUAUGCACUAGGUCAAAAAACUGAAUCAAAUCAAAACAAUAACAUAUU